AUGACCAAGACGCUGCACGAACGGUUCCUCCAGGAAAAGACGGUGGCCAUCGUCGGAUGCCCCUUCUCGGGCGGGCAGAGGCGCAAGGGAGUCGACACGGGCCCUGUUUCGCUGGUGCAGGCGGGCCUCUGCAAGCAGCUCGAGUCGCUCGGCUGGAAGGUCGACUUCACGGGCCACCACUCCUUCGACCACAUCAACGAGCACAUUGCCACGGAUACCGACAUCGGCAUCAUGAAGCUGCCACGUACCGUCUCUGCUGUGACCAAGCAGGUGGCCGAAGUCGUCGAGUCGCACGCCAAGCAGGGCAAGCUGCCGCUGACGCUCGGCGGCGACCACAGCCUGGCGCUCGGAACCGUCUCUGGCUCGCUGCGAGCUCACCCGGACGCAGCGCUCAUCUGGAUCGACGCGCACGCCGACAUCAACACGCCAGAAACCACCGAGUCGGGCAACUUGCACGGCUGCCCCGUCUCGUUCCUGCUGGGUCUGCAGGGCACCGACGUGGAACCGUUCAACUCCUGGGUGCCGACCACCAAGCCGCUGCUGCGUCCGGACAGCCUGGUCUACAUUGGCCUGCGCGACAUUGACGCAGGCGAGCGCAAGAUUCUCAAGGAGAACAACAUCAAGGCGUUUAGCAUGCACCACGUCGACAAGUUCGGCAUCGGCAGGGUGGUCGAGAUGGCGCUGGACCACGUCAACGGCGCCCCGGGCAAGCGCGAUCGCCCCAUCCACCUCUCGUUUGAUGUCGACGCGCUCGACCCGAGCGUCGCUCCCAGCACGGGCACGCCCGUUCGCGGCGGCCUCACCUUCCGCGAAGGACACUACAUCUGCGAAGCGCUCUACGAGACGGGCUGCAUGGUGGCGCUCGACCUGAUGGAGGUCAACCCCUCGCUGCUCGAGGACCGCGAAGCGCAGCAGACCAUCGCCGUUGGCUGUUCGCUCAUCCGCUCGGCCAUGGGCGAGACGCUACUAUGA